CACGUUGUAUGUCAAAUCAUCAACAAGGGAUCUCGUGGAAGACCACGUUCUUCUUAUCCGGAGAAUACGUAACAAUGAAGAUAUAUAACGAAAUCAACGUUUAGUUUUUCAUAAUAGGAAAUCACAGCCGAAGCUAUAAAUCAUAUUAAAAAUGUGGAGUUCCAUUUUAUCAUUCGUUAGCCUUCUUAUAGUUGUACAAGCCACCACCGACUAUGUGAAACCAUGGUUUUGUCACAAACUUGAUUGUCCGAAAUUUACAGUUUUGCAGAACACGACAGACUACCAACUACGACACUAUAUUCCAUCAAAAUGGGUAGCAACAAACAUGACAGUUACCACUUAUAGCCAUGGUCAUUUGUUCCAAAAACUUUUCCAGUACAUAUCAGGAAAUAAUGUUCCAGGAGAAAAAGUGGAAAUGACUGCUCCCGUGGUUACCACUGUAAUACCAGAUACAGAUGGAACUACUAUGUACAUCAUGCAUUUCAUGAUUCCCUACGCAGUACAGGCCAAUACUCCGGUUCCUAAUGACAGCGAUGUAUACUUGGUAGAUGUGCCAGCAAUGGACGUUUACGUAAAAUCAUUUGGUGGAUUCGCCAGAGAUAAUACCUACGUCACAAAAUUACAGGAACUAAAAACAAGUUUAGACACUAGUGCUACCAAUUUAUAUGAUUCCUCUCAGUUCUUCACACUUGGAUAUGACAGCCCGUUUGCCUUUAUUAACAGACAUAACGAAGUGUGGCUUGAAGCCGUGAAAGCAUAAACAAAAAUAUAUUGUCUUAGUGUACAUAUUUGUAAAUA